CACAUUUCCAGUUUUAAUAGCGCCGAAGCAUAAUACUGGUGACUUAUAAAAUUCGGUAAAUAGUACAUUAUUAUAUCUAUUUCGACUAUGAAAUCAUUCCAUGCUAUCCUGACCAUAAUUGUCAUUACUUCAUCAGCAAAAUUUGCUCAAAGUCUGAAUUGCACUAUUAACGAAUUCGAUCAAUUGAAGAACAUAACCCAAUCAUGUCGCAAUAUUGUGAUAUCUAAUCUUGUUGUACCUGCUGCUAAGUCGUUAGAAUUGUCUUUGUUACCAAAAACUACAUUAGAUUUUCAAGGAAGAAUUACAUUUGAGUACUCUGCUUGGAAUGGGCCUUUAGUAACAAUUCUAGGAGAAUCUCUUACAAUUAGAGGAUCACCAGAAUCGGUAUUGGAUGGGCAAGGGCAACUUUACUGGGACGGUAAAGGAGGAAACGGAGGCAAACCGAAACCCGUUUUCAUGCGAAUUAAAGCCCAAAAUUCCCUUUUUGAAAACAUAAAAAUCUUAAACUGCCCCGUAAGAUGCGUCUCUAUAUCCCACAGCAGUAACACAAAAAUCCGAUACUGGACAAUCGAUGUAUCCGAUGGUGAUAAAAACAACUUCACAGGUCACAAUACAGAUGGAUUUGACCUAGGCAGCAACAACAAUCUAGUAAUUGAACAUUCCGUUGUUAAGAACCAGGAUGAUUGCGUUGUGGUCAACAAAGGUUCCAAUAUUUUGAUACAAAACAUGACUUGCUCCGGCGGACACGGCCUCAGUUUAUCCGUUGGCAGCAGUUUGAACAAUUUCGAAGACAAUACCGUUUACAACGUCACAUUCCGUGACAGCAUAAUUCGACAAUCGGCUAACGGCAUCCACUUGAAAACGCAUUGCAACAGCGGCAAGGGUUUAAUCAGGAACAUUACUUACGAAAAUAUCCGACUAAUAGAUAUAACUAAUUUCGGUAUCAACGUCCAGCAAAACUACGCUAACGGCGAGGCUACUGAUAAACCGAAAGGCAAUAUCCCAAUAGUGGAUUUCCAUUUAAGGAAUAUCACUGGUAAUAUGAAGAGUUUUAUGAAUUCUCCAACGAUUUCGGCGAAUAUUGUAUGCGGAAUAGGCGGUUGCAGUGACUGGUUGUGGAAUGGUGUCGUUAUAAACGGUGCUCAAAAUGCGAGUAUAUGUAAUUUUGAACCAACGGGUUAUAAAUGUAAUGAAAAUAUGUGAUAAUGAAAUUUAAUAAAUUCAAUUGCC